AUGGUGCCCUACAGCCAAUGCCUGACGACGGCGCUCUUCCUGAGCACGCUGAACUUCACGAAUGUGUCGAUCCCAGGCUUUAACGAGAGCCUCUUGGGAAUCAGCGCCUUCAAUCUCACGUGCUUCGAUGUGUACAUGAGCGGCUUCGGCACCAGCUGGAUGUCCACCACAUCGUACGCUGGCAUCACUGACGGCGGCAGGAUUCGCUGCCGCACAGAUUUGAAGGCGUUCGCCUAUUCGGGAGCUGUGUAUGCCGAUCUGAUGGUGCACCCAGGUGAGGUGCUACUUUCGCGCACGAUCGAGCAACCCGAGUCUCCUAGCAUGUGCAUCACGAACGCUUCUUCUAUCACGGAUUGCCACGUGAACGUCUCGGUCGUGAGUCUCCACGCUGAUCCUCCAAGCAGCCUGAUUGAUGUCAUCCUGGAACAGGCGAAAUCGUACGUGAAUAAUCAUGCCAGCGAUUACGUCUGCAAGGUGUUGGUGCCUCGGGGAGAGGCCAGCAUCCUGAAUAGCACGUACCCCUAUACCCCCGAACGGAAAAACGAAAGCCGCAAGAUUCUUCCCGUCAGUGAAUCACCGCUGCUACGUGCGUUGAUGGUCAUCCUUGAUCGAGUUCACAUUGGCAACUUACGGUUCUUUGUGGGCUCUCAACCUCAGCGCAUUGGGUUUUUGGUUUCUUACUCUGGUGGCACGCAUUUUGGAUUCACUGGCGAUGUGGUGCCUACUCCUCCGAGUGAGUCCGCGCUCGAUUGGGCCGAGGGUCUGGUGACCGCAUACAUCCAGGGCGUUGUGCCUCAACCGUUGACUGUGUAUGGGUUGCCGGGAAAGAUCACGGACCUGGUGGUGGGGCUGAACACUUCGCAGACUCUUUUUGUCACGUUCGAUGUGGAUGUGAGCGUCGCGGCUUCUUGUGCAAACUGGGUUACCAUCUACCUCGAUCCCGGCGUGACCAUUGAGAACCUGAGAAUUCAGGCGAACGGCGACGGACUUGGCAACCUGUUGACACAGGUAGCUGCCCCCGAGCUCGAGAAACUCAUCAAUGAAAAGAUCGCCACCGCGCUGGCUGCCUUGGCGGGGUCGCCUCAUGGCGCUGGUGCACAGGACAAUGGCGCCGCUAACGGUACACUGACAUUCUCCUUUGGAGAAAAUACGAUUGUGCGAGACACACCACUCCGGCUCCCUUUGAUCAUUAUCAGCUGUGUUUCAGUGGUUGUUGGGGUGUUGCUUGUGGCUCGAAACGUGCGGCGGCACCGAGCGCAGCCUGUUCUCAGCAGCAUCACUGGCGAGCCAUUGUCCACGUUUCGCAUCGUGGCAGAGGACACCUUUCUCAUUGUCAGCGUUGCUGUCUGCCUGCUGCUGUUUGCCGCAAGCAACACGAUGACGGGUGCCACGGUCGUUCUUGGCGACGAACUGUGCACGUACUCCUUCUCCGUGGCGAAUACCAUCACGGACCUGUGGCAGGCGGGACUCUUUGCGCUGUCUGUGUGCGUGCUUGUUUUCAGUGGCGUUUACCCCUAUGUGAAGCUGCUCAGCAUACUCUUCUUUACUGUGUGGGCUCACCGUCCCUCCAGCCGCGCUCUCAAGGUGAUCGACUGUAUCGGUAAGCUUUCCCUUAUCGACACCUUCGCGCUGAUGGUGAUGGUAGCCGGACUCGAGAUCCCCUCUAUCGCGGAUGUGCGGAUCCAUCGGGCAUUCUACAUAUUUAUGUAUGCCACACUUCUUUCCAUUGCGCUGGGCAACUACGCCACGCAGCUGUGGCGAGCAGGGACGACGCUGCGGCGUAAAGAUGUUCCAGUGGACGACGCUGGCGCCAACUCCACCCUUACUAGCGCUGAAGGGGAGCCCGUGGCAGCCUCUCCGGAAGAGCCACAAGCGUCAGUUUCACCGAUGGCCGGCAACAGCUUGCCCCAAAGCGGCGCCUCUGCGCAAAUUCCAUCGGGAGAGCAUCACACUCCUUGCUGGAGACGAUUUGCCGGGAUCGCCCUUUGUAUUCCGCUGAUAUUUAUGAUCGCGUGCAGCAUUCCUGCCUGGUUUAUACCAACGUUUCGGUACUCGAUCGGAGGCUUCGCUCGGCUGCUGACGCCGCCAAGCAAAACACUUACUCUCUGGAACCUGAGCAGUCUGGGCGGCCGACAGGACGCGCUCGACAUUUUGGCGGUUGGGUUCUUCACGAUCCUCAUUGCGCCGUGCCUCUACGUGGCGCUCUACCCCAGAUGUGCCUUCUUGGCCUCGUGGUGCGCCGCAGAUGUACUUGUGAUCGCCUGCGUGAUUGGUCUCCUGCAGCUGCAGCAGUUUGUUCGGUUUGUGCUGGGCGACAGCCGGGAUAUCGUGUACACAGCACACGCCUCUCUGCUGUGGCCCAUGUACCUUUUGGCUGUGGCUGCGGUGCUGGUGUGGGUUUACAUCGCCCGAGACAUUCUCCACUCUGUCUUUGCUCGAAAGGACUUGAUAGCGAUGCCGCCUAGUGCUUAG